CAGUUCACUUUCUAAAAUUCUGCUACCCUUUUUUGAAAGCCAGACACCCAUCAUCAAACAAAGUCUCAAACUUCUAAAACAACACCUCUCCAUCUCUUGCAGGCCCCAACACACUUUUCUCUCUCUCUCUCUCUCUUGCCAUUGCCAUUGCUAUUGCUAUUGCAGCUUACUCAAUUACACCCAUCAUCCUCCCUCUUCCCACGCCUGCUACUGCUACUGCUCAAUUUUGUGGCGCAUGCUAAACCUUCAUCUUCUCAUCAUGCCAACAACUACCUUUCUCUGUGCCACUGUUUUAACUUUCUUGGGCACUCUCUGACUCCUCCACUAUCCCUUCCAUUUAUAUCAUUUUCUUCCCCUUGUUUACAACCAUAUCCAUCAAACAAUUCAUGUAAAGUUUCCAACUUUCACAACCUCUUGCCUUCUUCCCCUUCUCCACCUGCAUGGGUCUUUCUCCAAUUUCCCUCACAAAGCUUCUUAUGAAUUUUCACUGUUCUGGGUUGUUCUAGGUUUCCCAAAGGCCUCAGCUUUGGGGCUAUAAAAGUUUCAUUUUGAAGAAAUGAUUGCAUAUUUUUGCCUGUUUUUUGAAAAUUCUUAAAAAAUAAGCUAUUAUUUUUGCUUUUUGGCACACCCCAUUUUGAAUCUGCAGCUGAUUUUUGAAGGAGUGUGGCUGCAGCUAUGGUUGCAGAAGCUUGGAUUGUAAAGAUGGGUAACCAGGUAAGUUCCAAUCUGAAGCAUGCCCUUCUUCUUGAAACAUUGACAAAGAGAAAACAGAACCACAAGAGGUCAGAGAGCAAAGAAAUGAUAGGUAUUCUUUCUUUUGAAGUGGCAAAUGUGAUGUCCAAAACUGUGCACCUUCACAAGUCACUGUCAGAGUCUGAGAUCUCAAAGCUGAGAAAUGAGAUCUUGGGCUCAGAGGGUGUUAGGAAUUUGGUUUCCUCUGACGAGGCCUAUCUUCUUGAGCUUGCUUUGGCUGAGAAGCUUGAGGAGUUGAACAGGGUUGCUAGUGUGGUUUCUAGGUUGGGGAAGAAGUGUUCUGAGCCUGCCUUGCAAGGGUUUGAGCAUGUGUAUGGGGACAUUGUUGGUGGGGUUAUAGAUGUCAAGGAAUUGGGGUUCUUAGUUAAGCAUAUGGAGGGAAUGGUGAGGAAAAUGGAUAGGUAUGUUAAUGUUACCAGGAAUUUGUACAGUGAAAUGGAGGUGUUAAAUGAGUUGGAGCAAGCAGUGAAGAAGUUUCAGCACAAUCAGCAUGAGGAGAGUAGGAGGGCGUUUGAGCAGAAACUCAUGUGGCAGAAGCAAGAUGUGAGGCAUCUUAAGGAUAUUUCCCUUUGGAAUCAGACCUAUGAUAAGGUUGUUGAGUUGUUGGCUAGGACUGUUUGUACCAUUUAUGCUCGGAUUUCUGCGAUCUUUGGCGAAUCUGCUUUGAGGAAGAGUGCCCUUGGGCUUGGUGGGGGCUCACCGGCUAUGCAAAACGAAUGCGGGUUUGUGUCUGGCCAUAUCAAUGUUCAGACGAGUUCUGAGAGGUUGAAACGCAAUCAGAGCAAGAGAAAUGGAUCUCAUUCGGGUUCAGUCGGGAGAAUGGCUGCAGUGGAGAGGAAGGGAACUACUAGUAAGCCUCAGAUAGAUAUGAGAAGAGGUGAGUUAGCGUCUCUUCGACCUGAAGAUUUUGGUUUUCCAUGUGGAACUAGUCCGGGGAGACUUUUUAUGGAAUGCCUAAGUUUGAGUAGCUCAGUUUCAAAAUUUGAUGAUGUCGAUGAUGGUUAUGUUAUCAAUCGGGAGGACCAAUACAGUAGCUGUCGCAGUGUCGGGAUAGGGAAUAAUAGCAUGAAAAAGGAGCACGUGUGCCAUUCUGGUGUUCUAAGUCAUGCCCAAAGUGUUGUUCCUUUCACUGGUGAUCUAAGACAAGCCAAAUCUGGUGUACAAAGUUGCUCUACGUUUGGUCCCAGAAGUUGGUUAGCUGUUUAUGCUCCUCCUUCCACUCUUGGAGGGUCUGCUCUAGCAUUGCACUAUGCUAAUGUCAUAAUUGUCAUUGAGAAGCUGCUUCGCUACCCGCAUUUAGUUGGUGAGGAAGCAAGGGAUGAUCUAUAUCAGAUGCUACCUACGAGCUUAAGGUUAUCUCUUAAGGCCAAACUGAAGUCCUAUGUCAAGAAUUUGGCCAUAUAUGAUGCCCCUCUUGCCCAUGACUGGAAGGAGAAUCUUGAUGGGAUACUCAGGUGGCUUGCCCUACUUGCCCAUAACAUGAUCAGAUGGCAAAGUGAGCGCAAUUUUGAGCAACACCAAAUUGUUAGCCGGUCAAAUGUUCUGCUACUUCAGACAUUAUUCUUUGCUGACAGGGAAAAGACUGAGGAAUCAAUCAGUGAGCUUCUUGUUGGGUUGAAUUACAUAUGUCGUUAUGAACACCAACAAAAUGCCCUACUGGAUUGUGCAAGCAGUUUUGAUUUUGAAGAUUGCAUGGAGUGGCAAUUGCAAUGUGGUGCUUCUUUUCUCAAUUGAAUACCUUUUAAAUUUUGAAAUCUUCAAUAUGGUGGUGACCAUUUUCUUGAUUUAUAAAAUAUCUUGUGAGGGUAUCAUCUCAACACAAUGUGGAAUUCUGAACUUUGGACGUUGACGAUUAAUAUUGUCAAUGACUCUCAAAGUAUAAUUAUAUUUGUUUACAAUUUGACUUGUGCAGUGCAUAAGCAGUCAUAUUUAUAAAGGGGCAUAAAAGUUCAGGCUGAACUUGUAAAUAUGUUUAUGUACAGAUUGCUUAUUGCAUAGAGUAUGCUUUGUUAGAAUUGUUGUCAUGAAUAGCACAUAAACUUGUAUUGGUAUCUUAAUCUUGAAGCUGGUGUUGAUUUAUUGGUGCAUGUAUUUUUAUUCUAGUUUUGUACAAGUCAUAAGGUCUAGUUUUCUUGCCUGUAAGAUACUUCUCCAUUAAACUUGUCUAGGUGAUUCAUAGUGCCUAUUCAAAGAAUGAGUGCAUACUGUGAAUUAUAAACUGUUAUCUCUUGCUAAGAAGUAAGGGACUUUACGAUUAUGUUGUUUGAAUUUUGCAGAUAGUACUUCUAAAAGGCAAGCAUUGUACAUGGAUGCUGUCUGUCUAUUGGUUAUCAAUCUAUUAAAGAUGCUUGUUCCUGAUUUAGACUCUUAAAUUAAAUCACAAGUAUUGGAU